AUGCCAGCCAUACCACUAGAGCUGGUUCCGCAGAUAGUCCGACACCUCGAAGACGACCCCGCAGCACUUCGAAAUGGUUCCCUGACGUGCUUACCCUUUAGGGAGCCAUGUCAGAGACUCAUAUUCUCAACCCUCGAACUGCGACGCCCGCGACCUCCGUGGACGAAACCACUUCACUGGGGACCAGCCUACACCCCAGGGAAGAGACUACUAGCCUUGUUCAACGAGUCUCCCGCAAUCGCUGCCUACCCCGUAGAAAUAACCAUUGUCGAGGAUCAUCCGUUGACAGUCGAUGGCGGGGGUUGGCUGUCCACAGAUGAUGACCUUGGGAAGGCCUUGGGACACCUUGUGGCGUGGAACAAGAUACGUCGAUUGACCCUCGCGCAAUGUCCUCACACGAAGUGGUCGCACCUAUCGAGCGAGUUGAAAGAAGUCAUCGGGGGGCUUUGCGCCUCGACUUCACUCAUAUCUCUCUCUUUGGCUUGGACCCCGAUCCACCUCCUCGAGUCUUGCGGCCCGUCAUUGCGAACACUCAAGCUGUGGAACGUUGACAUUCAGAAAGCACCAACCGCAAAGCGCAUGAAAGUUCACAACCUAGACUACCUGGCUGGCAUCCGUCACUCCUCGGACAUAUCUAACGUCAUCAACCACGUUCUGGAAACUUUCAGUGUAGGAGCACUGAAGAAGCUCCAGAUUGAACAGGACGGCGGGGAAGAAAUGAAACAGGUGUUGGACAUGUGCAAGGACACACUCGAGACUUUGGCGCUUGGGCGUUCGGUCAGAACGGAAGAGGAUGGUCCAGCUGCCACUGUAGACCUUGGGCAGUUGGCCAAGCUUCGAAGAAUAGGAUUUUCCUGCUGGUCAACCUACACCGCCGAAGAAGGGUACCUGGAACCCCUCCCCCGAGUCUUGAGUAGUCUCGAAACCAUUCCACCCGGUAACGCCGUUGAGGACAUCCACCUGACCGUCGAUCACCGCCUUGACAGCUUCGAGGGGUUCGAACCUCAGUCAUGGGCCCACCUCGACGAGCUCCUAGCAAACAAGAGAAAGUUCCCCAAGCUUCAACGAGCCUGCAUCGAGCACUACAGCGGGUUUUACGGGUUCUUGGGCUACGUUGACGAAGGCAUUGGCCAUUUGACUCCCAAACUGGACAAAUCGGACGUGGUACUCACAGUCCAGGAGCGCUUCCGAAGCAUUGUUAGAGAGAAGACUUUCGAACCAUUCCCUUGA